GUGUGGUAUAUAAAGCAAAGUGCAGAGAGCUGAUCAAGACAAACAGAAGCCAAUGAAAGAUGAAGACCUUCGUGGCUGUGUUGACGUUCUCUCUCUUCUACCUCAGUGUGGCUGAGGCUUACAGAGCAGGAGAAGACAAUUGCCUGAUAAACCAACGCCAAAUUGACGCAUUCUCAAGAGAACUGAAAAUCACCAAGAAACAACUACAGGAUCUGAGGGGAGAGGUCCAAGGUAAUCGUGUGGCAUUUGGAGCAGCUAUCGGCAAUGUUGGAAAUGUUGGACCUUUUAACAUUGAGAUCACACUGACCUACAAGAAAGUGUUCUCAAACACAGGCUCAUACAACCCUGCAACAGGCAUCUUCACUGCUCCAGUCAGAGGAGUUUAUUACUUCAGCUUCUCUGGCCAUAAUGGAUCAUCUAGACCAAUGGGGCUGCGACUGAUGAAGAAUGGAGUACAGAUGGUUACUGUGUACAACCAUCCAGCAGGACACCGCUACGAGACAGGAACCAAUGGCAUGACUCUACAGCUGGAAGUUGGAGAUCAUGUGUACAUGAGACUCAGAGCACACACCUGGAUUGUUGAUAAUGUUAAUAGCCACAGCACCUUCAUUGGCCAUUUGUUAUUCCCUCUGUGAGUGAAAGGGGAGUACAGCUGUUGCUCUGUAACCGGAUAAUCAUUUUGCUUUUGACUGUUCUUCAGUCGCUCUUAAGUUUUCUCUGUUAGCUUUUUGGUGCUGGGCAGAUAU